AUGGGAGUUCAGAGCAAAAUGGGUUGGAAUGACUUGCCAUUCGAGAUGAAAUGCGAAGUUUUCAAAUAUUUAAACCAAAAUGAGAGGUAAAUAGAAAAAAUAGCUGGAAGUAUUUUACAUUGAUUAUUUUCAGAUUCAAAUUCGCAAAAUGCUCUUUUAGCUGCUUGAACGAAGUUAUUCACGAGGAAAAGGAGAUUUGGCUCGUGGAAUUCAAGGGAAUCAAAAGGGCUGAUGGCAAACUUUUAAUUUUGAAAAUUGCUUAUAUAGAACUGGAAUUCAUGCAAGUCGGAAAGUUAUGCGAAAUUAAAUGGAAUUAUGAGAUUAUUUGGAAAAUUGUUGGAAAUGGCAAAACUAUGGCUUAUAAAUUUUGCGAAAACGUUUUGGCGAGACAUAAAAAUAACAUCCGCAGUUUGAAUUUGUCCAAAGUGAGUGGAAUUUCACGGUUAUUUCAGCGAUAUGUUUUCCAUUUCCAGGUCGAUUUUAUGAUCCGCGAUAAAUCAAUCGAUAAUUUUCCGAAACUCGAAGUCUUAACAAUCACUACCAAUAACGAAAAGCAAUUAUAUUCAUGGCUUUCGAAAGCUGAGAAUCUGGAAGAUUUGACUGUGAAUUUCAGAGAUUUCGGAAACACGGAAAAGAUAAGAUUUCCGGGGAAUUCUAAAUUAUCAAAAAUUGAUAAUUUCAAUUUGGUUUCGAACAAUGCAAAUGUUGCACUGAAGAUUAUUGAUAAAAUGAAUAAGCCAAAAGACAAGUAUUUUGAGAAAGUCAACGUUUCGAUAAUUGAUGGAAAAUAUGCAGUUGUAAAUGAGAAAUUCAUAAACUUCUUCAAAAAGUGUGAAAAUCUGACAACGAAUUUGAUUCUGACAGAUGAUCAAUUUUCACAAUUAAUGUUAUCAUGUAGAUAUUUGAAACUGAAUGCAGAAAAAGUCAAUUAUUCUACAAUUUCGAGAUUGAUCGAGAAUUGCAUUAAAAAUGGAAUUAGCAAAGAACUGCAGUUGACAAAUGUUCAUGGACUUGAGAAACAAUUGCGCGAUUUUAAGUGGUUACGUGAGAGAAAGAAAGAAGAAUGGAUUCAUGAAGCUGUGCCAAAUAAAUAGUAGGUUUUAGCUGUUUUAAUAUUGAUUAAUCAAAUUCGAAUAUCUUGGAAAAUCGGAAACUGAAUUUUCGGUUCGGACACCACAUCAAUUAUUUCAAUUUUUUCAGUUUCAUAUACUCAUUUAUUAGUUGUGUUCGUGGUUCAUAUAAUAGUUCGACUGGUCGCUUGAUUUUCCAUUCAUUUUGA